CCCCUCCGCCUGCUUUCCACCUGCCUAGAGCUGCUCCAACAGCUGUUACACUCGGACAAUCGCCCACUGGUCGCCAGGAGAUCACAAAAAAAGAUCAUUGAAAUUUGUAUUAAAACAUUUUCAAUUAUUUUUUUCUCUCCAAUGCCUGGCUGACUACGCGUUUCUUUGUAUUUAUUGAGCAAAAAAAUAUUAAAACUUAAAGCAAAAAUUGCCGUAUACCACGCGUUUUUUGUGGAAUUGCCAUUGAUUCAUUGAGCCCCUUGUCCGUGUGCUUCUCUCUGUGUGUGUAAGUGUGUGCGAGUGUGCGUACGUGUGCUGCUUGGGGGAAAAAAAAAGCGGCCAAGCGACAUUGAUGCCAAUCGCCAGUGCAUAUUUGUUGCUACAGCCGCCGCUGCCGGACCAGAAUAUAAUGAAAAUAAAGUCAAAUAAAAUAUAAGCUAAAACGCCUUCAGUGGGCAAAAUAAAAAGAGAUAUCAAUGCUCUCCGCCUAGCCGCCGACAGGCCAGCUCAGCUCAGCACACAGAAAAGCAUACGGGGAAGUCGUCUCAAAUUAGACCGUGAAAGCCACGGGGCAAAUAACCAGCAAAGCGUAGAGGGGAUAGGAAAAGCCGAGGAAAUUAUACAUACUAGGUGGUGUGGUGUCCGAGGAGGCGCACACAGUAGCGGGCUCUAGAAUAGCUAGAAAAUUAUUAUUAUGAUAAUAAAUUAAAGUUGCCAUUAAUUUAGCCAAAACGAAACGCGAACGAAGGCGAAGGCGAACGGAGCGAAGCGGAGCGGGGCCUGGGAAGGCAGCACCCGUAGACGGUAGCAUAAUAACAAUAAAUAAUAAUUUGAAAUAGGCGAGCAGCCGGCAGCUGAAGAAGUGCAGCCUCCCGAUCUUGAGAGGGAGACAGUCGAGAGGCGGAGAAAACGAAGCGAAGCAGCUCGAGUGCAUCGAGCGUGCAAAUUAAAAGCGCACACCAGUAGCUCCAGCAGCUGCAGCUCCCCAGCCCAACAUGGAAGUGGCCACAACAAACAAUCACAGUCAGAGCCAUCACCAUCAUCAUCAUCAUCAUCUGCAGGCGGCAAACAGAGGAGGAGGAGGAGGAGGAGGAGGCGGAGGCACCACUGGAAGUGGCUCCAGAUCCCCCUUUCAGCGCGAGGUGCGUGAAUGGCAACGCAUCGAUCCCAAUACCGGAGCCCUCUUCAGCGGACGCCUCGAGGCAGACCGCUGGGUAAAUGGACCGCUGAACAGCUACGGCAAGAUAUCCGACUCCCAAAACAUCUCACAGCCGAACGGCACACAGCACACACAGCGCAAACAGUUGGAGGUGCUGAAGGCUCGCACCGCCAACGGCGCCAUGCAGGUGAUCCGCACCCAGACAGUGCAAAAGAGCUCGUCCUCCUGGUCCUCCUCCACCUCCACCACCACCACAUCCACCACCCACCGCACAGGCAAUGGCAACAAUGUCCUCCACGAUCCGCCAUCCAGGCCCAGUCCCCUUCCCCAGAUCGCCCAGGGUGUUGACAUUUGCGAGCUGAGCGACGAUUGCAGUCUCAGUGGCAGCGAUGCCGGCAUCGUACGUACAGCCUCCGCAUCUGCAUCUGCAUCGGCAGCCACAUCCGCAUCCGCAGUGAGCCAGGAGCUCAUCGACGAUCAUGUUGAUUUUGUGGUGAUUAAUGGCGAGGCGAGCGAUCAAGACGACGACGCGGUCGACGAGCAUUUGCACAAAGUCGGCCACAAUUUGUUACUCGAUACGGCUCCGAGUCUGAAAUUGAGCAAUCUAAUGAAAAGCAGCUCGAGCAUUUCCAGCCAGAGCAGCAACAAUUCAAACUUAACAACUGCAGCAGCGCAGGCGAGCGGCAACACCCACAGAAGUGCGGGUAAAAUAAGCCUACAUGCAAUUGUCGGGCCAGAAUCAUCGCCGCCAUCAUCAUCAUCAUCAUCAUUAUUUCCAUCAUCAUCAUCCGCCUGGGCCAACAAGCAGGCCGACUUAUAUGGCCAACUCCCAGGUCGCGUGGGCGGAUCUGGUACUGGUGGUGCUGACGUAGCUGCGACCACGCCAACGCAGCGUCGUGAUUUGGAAAGUUUCCGGCAUUAUAACGAUGACGACGGCAACGGCGACGACGACGACGAGCUGCGACUCACCGCCCGUCAUCAGCGUCGCCAGCAGGUGUCCCAGUCUGUGUACGCUCCGCCCCUGUCCGCACUUGGUCUCGGAUCCACGCUGCUCCAGCGCUCUCGCUCCAUUUCCACGGAUGAUCUCAGCAACGACUGGGAGCGCGAGGAGCCCGGCGAGCAGCCAGUGGGCGAGUGGCGGCGUGUCAGCAAGUUGCGCCGCUCCUUUCAGUCCCAAGAUCACUACAAGAGUCCGGGAUCUCGACCUCGACCUCUAGAUCUGCCUGGCAGCUCAGUGAGCGUGGCCCGUCUUCGAGCGGAAUUGGAGAAUGGUCGUCGCCUUAACACGGCCAUGCGGAAUAACCACGUGGACCUGGCCGCUUUGGACAAUAUCCUGAACACACCCAAGCCGACGGUGGCCAAGAGGAACACCUUCCUCACCGCCGAGUCCCUGCAGGAGAUCCGCGGGAAACUGAAGAAGCUCUCCGACGAGAGUCUCUACAAGGAGGACUUCCUGGCAUAUCACCAGAAAAAGCCGCUCGUGCGGGAGGUGUCCGUGGAGAAGGCAACUCCCCUGCCGCCGGCACCCUCAGCCUUCCGGGCUGUGCACAAUACCCACAGCUUGGAGUCCCGUCAGCGGCAGAAGGACACCAGCUCCAGUGAGUGGCAUCUGCGUCGCAAGUCCUACGGUUUCGAGAAGAUGUCGCCGCCUGAGGACAAGAGCAUCUUCCGGGUGGACGCCUCCACGGAUAGCGGAUUGGGUCGAUCCGGCGAGCAGCUGGGCAACUGGUCGCCUACAGAACGGAAUGCUGCCCAGCAGCAAAAUGGUGGAACUGUCAUCCACUUUGGCCGAACUGCAAAGCCCAUCCAGGCACCUAGCUCUCCGGAUUCCCUUUCCGGCGAACUAAGCAAGCGCCAUUCGAUAGCCGUGGAGGAGACCUGGCGUGAUGUCCGCAAAACCUCGCAGGUUCAAGUGAAUGGUAACACCACCACCACCACAACCACGACGAACACUAGUAGUCAUCUUCAGAGGGGCAACGCCCAGAAGCGUGUAGAAUUUUGCAAGACAGAGGUCCAUUUUGCCGCCGAAUCCGGUCGUGUCAAUAUCGUGGAGACCGAUGGAAAGCCGCCGCCCACGCAAAACUUUCGACGACGACGCCGCACAGCCAGCGGUCCACUACAGAGUCUGGUCAAGUCGGCCAGUGCCGGGAGCAGCACAAGCUCCUCAACCCCGAGCCAUGACGUGACCCAUUUUGGUGAUGAUUCGCAACGCCGCAAGACGAUAGCCACCAGCACGGUGGCCUACCGCGCCACUCUAAUGGAUCCGCCCGAGGUGGUUAGUCAGCCGAUAUCCACCAAUGGUAUUGGCCCUAGCAGCGCCACCCAGGUGACAGUAACCACUGUGCCCAAGCCAGUGCAUGAGCCACGCUAUACCCUAAUGGAGUCCACGUCCCGGAACAGCUAUACCUCCACCAGUGGAGUGGACACCACGGACAAUGAGACGGAUGAGCUGUCCAAUAUCCGUGGAAUUCUAAAGAAUAAGCCUGUGAAGCCGAAACCUUAUCAUCUGGGCGAGAAUAUCGAGAGCGCCGAUGUCCUAUGGAGUGUGCCGGCCAUGAAAGCAGAUAGGGAAAGUCCCUCCUCGGCAAGGGAGAGUGGAACCACCAGUGAUUCCCCCAUUUCCAGUAAAUCGGUUGCCGAGCGCAUUCGCAUUGUGGAGCAGCGACAGCAGCAGCAACAGAUUUCGCCCGCUGGCAAUGGAUACUCGACCAAGAUCAACGUGAGCCUGGGCUCCGAGGAGUGGCCAGAAUCAGAUCACCCCCAUCGACAUCCCGCGACACAUCACAUCCAGCGUCGUCCCAGUGCACAGGAUCUGCUGUUGGAGGAUCUGCGCCAGCACCAGCGCAUCCUGGACGAGGGCCUGAAGUCCACGUCGCUGAUUAUGAGGACCAUGCGUUCGGCCAGCGAGUUCGAUGAGGCCAUGCGUCGCCUGAGCAUAGCCUCGAUUGAGUCCGUCCUGGCCCAGCCCACGAUUGUGGUGCCCACGCCUAUGCUGCGAUCUCACAGUUACCAGGAGGAAGGAUCCUACUCUACGUCGCGACGACCCUCUACCAUGUCCACCGUGUCCACCACUUCCAUAACGAGCAGCGAUCUCUUUGGCAGCGCUCUGUACGAUUCCCUGCCUCGAAAUCCGGUGGCUCCGCCGCGCCUGAAGCUUCUGGGAAACACACAGAUCCCAGUGAGCCAGCAGCUUACCCAACUGAGGAGACUAUACGAUGCUGCCGAGCAGGACCAAGAUCAAGAUUUGGAGCAGGAGGACAGUGCGGAUGAGGAGGUGAAGCGGUAUUUCCGGGACAACAAUAGCGACAGUGGCGGAGGCACUCAGGCCAGCUCCUCGCCAGAACCGCCACCAGUGGAACUUUUCCGGGGCAGCGAAUACUCGAGCAGUUGGAGUCGGUUAAAGGCCAAGCGCACAAUCUGGAAGAUCGAGGCGCAGGAUCAGAUGCUGCAGCGAGCAGAUCUUCCCAAAUCUAAUGUGAUGAACAUAGCUCUCCAUGCUCCCCGCAUGGAAAAACCCAAGCCCACGCCUCCAACCCUGCGUAUAGGCCAGCUCAUACCCGUGGCCAAGCCAAGGACCUUAUUUAUCCAACCGCAAAUACAACAGCCAGCAAGCCAACCAGUGGAAACUCCCGAUGAAUCCGCCAGCGAGUCCUUGAAGAUUGUCAAGGAAGCACGCGGAGCUCGCAAGCUACGUGAGCACGAACUCUCCUAUUUUGGAGUACAGCAACAAAAGCAGCAGCAACAGCAGCAAACGAAACUCUCGACGAUCUCCUCGAAUCCCAGGAGAACACUGCCCAGCAGAAGCAAGGCAAACCACAACGAAGAGACCAAGGGUACAACCACUAAGACCACCACCAGGUGGCAGCUGCUCAGCGAUCGACCCGACCUGCUGCGACACAGCAGUCCCCAGCAGAACGGACACGACGAGGACAUGGAGGAGGACGAAGAGCACUGCUAUGAGAACAUCGCCAACAUCGAUAUGACCCCCACCUUCCGGGUAAAGUCGCCAGCACAUUCGCCGGAGCGUUCCCGAUCCCCCCACAGCUACGAGCGCAAGAGCGACCUGCAAAGGGAUGCCCAGAUCCUGAGCGAAAUGACCCGUAACGCUGAUCAGACUUUGAAGGCUCUCUCCGAAGAAGCGGCCAUCAAGGAUCAGCGGCGUCGAUCAUGCUCUCUGCAGCGCCGAAGUGCCAAGCCACUGGAAACCAUCGACGAGAAGGUAAAGGUCUAUCCGCCUCAAACGUUGGGCGUGGCUCGUGCCACCUUUGCCUCGGAGGCACGUCGCAACUCCAGGCAAUCCACGCCGUCGCCAACGCGGGCCCGCAGCUCCUCGGUAUCCUCCGUUGAGUGCUGUCCGCGAGACCGUUCCCGUUCCAGUUCGCGGGAAUCUAUGACCCACGGUGGCGGCUCCUCUGAUGACCAGGUGGCCACAAAGCAUCGAGUUGAGCGUCUACGCUUGCGCACACCCAAGCGAGAGAAGUCUCGCCAUGAGCCGCUCGAACUGCGCUCCAAGCCGAGAUCAAGUAUCACUCAGGCAUCCUCCUCCCUGGAGUCGAAACGGAGUUCCCAUAGUCACAGUCGCCAUGGUCAUAGCCGGGAUGUGGAACACUCCGGCGAGAGCAAAGCCUCUUCUGGUAGUCGCUUGAUUAGAUCUUCCCGGACGGCCGACGAGAGUCGCUCGCGGCAGAGCGGCCAGCGAGAGCGUGAGAAGGAACGAGAGCGUUCCCGAGGCAGUGAGAAGCACCGAGAGGAGCUCUCGCGUUCCAGGGGUCACUCCAGUCGCUCUAGGCACAGUGAGCACUCGUCGGCAGGGACACGGGAGAGCGGCAGCAGUCGACCAAGUAAGACGAGAUCGAGUCGCACGAGUAGCCACGACAAGAAGUCCAGCACAACGACAACAAUGACAGGCACGACAGCCACAUCGAAAUCAUUGAAAUCAUCAUCGAAAAGCACAGCGCAUAAAUCAUCAUCCUCCUCAGCAGCAGCAGUAGCAGUAGCAGCAAGCACAACAGCCACUGGCACAGCACCAAGCACACAGCACAACGAACUGACGUACGUAUACGUAACGAAUACGAAUUUAGACAAUAAACAAGACAGUGAGGUGGCACCCCCCGAAAGCGAAUCCCCUAAAGAAGCAGAUUAUGCCAGCAUUGAUGAGACGGUAACCAUGGAGACGGAGAUCCCUCCGGGCAUCAUUCCACAGCCACCGCCGCGUAGCAAACGCAAGCGAUCCCUGAUACCCGUGCCCGUGGCAACCACACCGAGCUACGAAUAUCGCACAAAGCUGGAAAUGAUUCCGCCCAGCUACUCCAACCAGUCCACGCUUCGAUGCCGCAGCAACCGCCGGAAGCCCUCCCUGAAGGCCACCCAGUCGACCAGCUCCAGCUUUGCCUUUCUGCCCUACCUGCCGGCCAAGCGGAACUCGAGCGUGAGCCAUGUGUACGACAAUUACCUGCUGUAUGCCACCAGCGAGGAGGCCAAGAAGCUGCGUCCAUAUCAGAACAAUCUUAGCAAUGAGCAUGCCCAGCUCUUUGGCGGAGGAGGAGCUGGAGCGAGGGCGUGGACUGGGACCAGGGAACGGGCGGAACGGGGACGGUUGGGAGGCUGGCCGAAGCGUCUGAGGAUGCGGCAAGUGCGCAGCAGCGUGUCCACGCACCAGCCCUUCGGCAUCUGCACAUGUUCAUAGUCAGCGCUGGACAGAGAGCCCAGAAACACACACAAAAAACAGAGUACCUGUCCGCGGGCUGCCCCAGCACCAAGCACCCAAAAAAUAAAAAUAAUCCCAAGAGCACGAAAUCGUUUGAAUGCGAAACCGAACAUUAUUAUCCUAACCAAAAUCCACACCCAAUCACUGUGUUCCCUACUAAUACUAGACCUUAUAUAUUAUUUAUUUCGGAGAGCGCACACAAACCAAAAAAAAAUACUCGGCCAAGUUACACUCGCACAAAAAAAAAAAAGAAAAAAGGGGCCCGUCUGGUUCUGUUUUUACUUUUCACAGCACACGGUAAAAUCACUUUGAAAGAACAUCAUGCCCAUCGCCAGCAAAACGGUAGCAAACAUCAUGGGUCUGGACAUGACUAUCGG